AGCCAUUUGCCAGCUUUGGACUUUUUCUCACACAGUCAAUGCCGUUCAGUGAGCUUUCCAGCGACGAUGAGACAACAAAAAUGCUGCAGUCACUAGCCGUUGACCACUACAUGUCUUUAAUUGGAAAUGAAGCCCACCUCAUCGACUUUAUAAAAGGAGUACUCGACAAGCAAGAGAUAUUCUACAAUAAGAUACUCGCUCUCGCUGAUGAUGAUGAUAAACCAAGGUUACGUGAAGCUAUCCAAGAUGCUCAAGUCGAACAACGAGCUCUAAAGCGGAAGCUGGACGAAUUGGAGGAUGAUGACAAUGAUGUUAACAAUGACAACGCGGUGAAUGAUGACAAUGACAAUGCGGUGAAUGAUAACAAUGACAACGCUGUGAAUGAUAACAACGACAACAAUGACGAUGGUGUACACGUUGCUACCCCCUCUUCCUCAACUACUUUGGAGGAUAGAAAAGCACUGUACAAGAAAGGGAUGGAGUUUGUCGCGAAGUAUAAGAAGGCACGAAUGGCUAAAGGCAAGAAGCGCAUGGACUAGCAAGAAUGCAUGGCUGCAGGACGGAAGGAAGGUCUGCUGUUGAACUAUAAAAAUGCCAAUACAUUGAAAAAUCAGUUUGCAAAGUUUGAAGAAAAUAAUGAUGAUUAAUAAACAUACCCACUGUCAUGCUGAUGAGAUCAAUGGAAAGAGGAUAUGAACAUCUAGUGUGAUAGCAAAGAAGAUGCCCCACCAUAUUUUGUAUAAUCAAGCUGGAAGCGUGGAAAUGGAUGAUGGGAUCGCUAUUGUUAAGAUUUUGUAGUUAUUCUACAUCCACGCUUGAUGACUGUUUACAACGUAAGCCUUUGUAACGUUAUAGCAUGAGCGGACACGUUUAUAUAUCCAUUCAUCGUAUAAACAUUCUUCGCGAAUAAACCUAUUUGUCA